GGGGGCGGCUGCACAGUCUCCGGGAUCCCCAGGCCUGGAGGGGGGUCUGCGUGCGGCCGGCUGGCUCUGCCUCCCCUCGUCCGGUCCCCAGCGGGCCUCCCUCGGGCCAUCCCGAUGGUGACCGGGCCCAGCGGCGCCUGAGCCAGGAGCGCGCCGGUCGCGGAGCCGGAGGGCGGGAGGAACAUGACAUCGCGGAGAUGGUUUCACCCAAAUAUCACCGGCGUGGAGGCCGAAAACCUACUGCUGACAAGAGGCGUUGAUGGCAGUUUUUUGGCGAGGCCCAGUAAAAGUAACCCAGGAGACUUCACACUUUCCGUUAGAAGAAAUGGAGCUGUCACCCACAUCAAGAUUCAGAACACUGGUGACUACUAUGACCUGUACGGAGGGGAGAAGUUCGCCACUUUGGCUGAGUUGGUUCAGUAUUACAUGGAGCAUCAUGGGCAAUUAAAAGAGAAGAAUGGAGAUGUUAUUGAGCUCAAAUAUCCUCUGAACUGUGCAGAUCCUACCUCUGAAAGGUGGUUUCAUGGACACCUCUCCGGGAAAGAAGCAGAGAAGUUAUUAACUGAGAAAGGAAAACAUGGUAGCUUUCUGGUACGAGAGAGCCAGAGCCACCCUGGAGAUUUUGUUCUCUCAGUCCGAACUGGUGAUGACAAGGGGGAGAGCAAUGACGGCAAGUCCAAAGUGACCCAUGUCAUGAUCCGCUGUCAGGAACUGAAAUAUGAUGUUGGUGGAGGAGAGCGGUUCGACUCUUUGACCGAUCUCGUGGAGCAUUAUAAGAAGAAUCCCAUGGUAGAAACAUUGGGCACAGUUCUACAACUCAAGCAGCCCCUCAACACAACUCGUAUCAAUGCUGCUGAAAUAGAGAGCCGGGUUCGAGAACUAAGCAAAUUAGCAGAGACCACAGAUAAAGUCAAACAAGGCUUUUGGGAAGAAUUUGAGACACUACAACAACAGGAGUGCAAACUUCUCUAUAGCCGAAAAGAGGGCCAGAGGCAAGAAAAUAAAAACAAAAACAGAUAUAAAAACAUCCUGCCCUUCGAUCAUACCAGGGUUGUUCUACAUGACGGUGACCCCAACGAGCCUGUGUCCGAUUACAUCAAUGCAAAUAUUAUCAUGCCUGAAUUUGAAACCAAGUGCAACAAUUCAAAGCCCAAAAAGAGUUACAUUGCCACACAAGGCUGUCUGCAGAAUACGGUGAACGACUUUUGGCGCAUGGUGUUUCAAGAGAACUCCCGAGUGAUUGUCAUGACGACGAAAGAAGUGGAGAGAGGAAAGAGUAAAUGUGUCAAAUACUGGCCUGAUGAGUUUGCUCUGAAAGAAUAUGGCGUCAUGCGUGUUAGGAACGUCAAAGAAAGCGCCGCUCAUGACUAUACGUUAAGAGAACUUAAACUGUCAAAGGUUGGACAAGCUCUACUCCAGGGGAAUACGGAGAGAACGGUCUGGCAAUACCACUUUCGGACCUGGCCUGACCACGGCGUGCCCAGUGACCCCGGGGGUGUGCUGGACUUCCUGGAGGAGGUGCACCAUAAGCAGGAGAGCAUCAUGGAUGCGGGGCCAGUGGUGGUGCACUGCAGCGCUGGAAUUGGCCGGACAGGGACGUUCAUUGUGAUUGAUAUCCUUAUUGACAUCAUCAGAGAGAAAGGUGUCGACUGUGACAUUGAUGUUCCCAAAACGAUUCAGAUGGUGCGAUCUCAGAGGUCAGGGAUGGUCCAGACAGAAGCACAGUACCGAUUCAUCUAUAUGGCCGUCCAGCAUUAUAUUGAAACACUACAACGCAGGAUUGAAGAAGAACAGAAAAGCAAGAGGAAAGGUCACGAGUAUACAAAUAUUAAGUAUUCCCUCACGGACCAGGCAAGUGGAGAGCAGAGCCCCCUCCCGCCUUGCACCCCAACACCAUCCUGUGCGGAGAUGAGAGAAGAUAAUGCUCGAGUCUAUGAGAACGUGGGUCUGAUGCAGCAGCAGAAGAGCUUCAGAUGAGAAAACCCGCCGAAACUUCAGCACAGAAAUAGAGGUGGGCUUCACCCUCUCCAUGAAAAGAUCAAGAACAGAUGCAAGAAAGUUUAUGUGAAGAAUGAACAUGAACCUCGAAGGCUUGUGUUGGGGUCGACUCCCUUUUGAUGAGCAGAAUCUGAAACCUUUUAAAGACCACUCCGUUCUAACUCGACACCACCCGAUUUCCAGUCGCUCAUUUCCUCAGAUAAGCAAUCAUCUCUACAGUGUAGACAGUGUUAUAUUUUAUAGAGUUUUAUUUUAAAUUGAGGAAGCAGUUAUAUUGUGCUCUGUACUUUGCAGAUGGUGGUGAUUCGAAUCCUAGUUAUUGCCAUUUUUCUUUCUUUUUAUAACCCUAACAAAUUUAAUUUUCCCCCUCUUUGAGGGGAUGAUGGGGCACUUGUUAGAGGAAAAAGUGGGGAAAAUUAAAUGACAACAUCCUGUAAAAAUGAGAACAAUUUUAUUUAUCGUCAUUUGUUCAGUAGUGGGUAAAUUCAUUUUGAUGGCCUCUUUUUUGGGGGGGCUAAAUGAUAAUUAGGCCAGUGCCCCAGACUUUCAGAACUUGACUCUCUUCCUUUGUAUUGCCAUUAAAAAAUCUUGGGGAAAAUCCUGGGAAUUUAGGAUCAAGGUGUGCUUUUUCUGAGCAGAUAACCAAUGACCAUUCAGCCUACUGUGGUGGGGAAAUGUUUGCCAUAUAUAUAUAUUUUUUUUUCUUUUUCAUUUGACUAUUGUCUUGUAUUUUGAAAAAAUGCAUCUGUGGAUAACCAGUGUUUUGGUUUUCAAUUGUUGCUGACAAACCACCCAAAACAUAGUGGCUUAAAAUGUCUCUUUAUUUGUUCCUGACUAUUCUUCAAUCUGAUGGGGCUCAGCAUCUUGCUGGUGUCGCUUGCUGAUGUCUCUCUUGCUGGUCGGCAGGUUGGCUGAGACGCUGGGUGGCUGGGCCCCUCUCUGUACACAUGGUCCUCAGGUCUCAUUCUCCACGUGUCUCUCCAUGUGGCCUUGACGGCAGGGUCGCUGGCUCUCAGAGCUCCCAAGAGUGUAAGGCAGUAGUGGCCAGGCCUUCUGACGACUUAACCCCAGAACUAUCCAGCAUCACUUCUACUGCCCUCUGUUGAUUAGAGCAAGUCACAGACCUAGGAUUCAGGAAGAGGGGACUCCACCAGGGCAUGAAGUGGAGGUGCGGUUGAUGGGGGGUCCCCAGUGUAAUUGUCAGAACCAGUACCAAGGAACAAAACUAUUGUUAGUAGAAGUAGAAGCUGCUAGUGAGUGACCUUGGGAAGCUGAAGUGGCAUGUGUAAGCUGGAAGAGAGGGCCGUCAGACAGAAAGAGAGGGCCUUCCAGAAGCUUCCUGCACCAGUUCUGCAAGUCCUGAGCAUCUUUUCUGAAUCACCACUUCUGGUCUUGUAAGGACGGAUGUGUCUAGGGGGCGAGCAUUUGAAAGCACCACCCCAACACCACGGCCUCCGCAGAGGGAGGGGAGUGGAGGCUCUCUUCCUGUUACUGGUAUCAGUCUGGCCUCCACGCAUGCGUGCAGUCAGGCCGCUGGGAGCAGGAGCAUCGCAACGAGGCUGCGCGGCAGAUUGAAUCAGCAGUAGGAUUUGCUAACGUGCUACCUGAAGUGCCUUCUCUCAAAACAUCCCUCUUUGCCCCAUGUGUUGAAUCAUUGUUCGGUGACUGUGUCUCAAUGAAAGUCUCACUGGUUGACUCUGUGAAGAAAAUAAAAUGCUACUGCAGCAUUGCCAUUUAGGCAUGGCCUCCUUUCUGGAAUCAUCCUAGCUUUUGCUCCUGAGAGGAAGGACUCGACCUAGCCCUGGUUGUAGUUCCCUCCUGAGGUCUUGGCCUCUAUUGAAACCCUGAGGUCCUUUGGGCCGAGUGAUGGCUGCCAUUUUCACAGGCAAAAUGUGUAGUGUUCCCCCUAUAUCACCCCCUUCCCUGAUCCAUCGAACUUAGAAUUGCUUCAGAGCACAAGUGUGGCCUGAAAGUGAUCACCUUCUGAGGAAUGUAAAUGACUACUGUCUCCUUGUCAAGCCUGUAGAGAGAUUCAAGUUCAGGAUUUGCAACAAGGCCUUGAAUCCUGUUCUUUUUAUCACAUUGUCACAUUGAAUGGUUCUCCUUUUUUGCCUCAAUUUUGUGGAAAUGUUUUGACUCUGUUUAUUGCCGUUUUAAUUCUGUAUGUCUAGGUUUCUCUCUCUGUUUCUUCUUCUCAUUACAGCAGUCCCUUUAGCAUUUCCUAUAAUGCUGGUUGGUGGUGAUGUACCCCUUUAGCCUUUUUUUGUCCAAGAAGCUCUUUAUUUGACUGUC